AAACAGAAAUUUUAUGACUAUUACAACUCAUGAAUUAGAAAAGAUCAUCAAGCAAUCGUUUCCUGAUGCGGGAGUGAAAAUUUUCGACUUUGCUGGAGAUAAUGAUCACUAUUACUUAAAAAUAACAUCCAGGCGCUUUCUUGGAAAAACAAAAAUAGAACAACAUAGGUUGGUACAUAAAGCUUUAGAAGGUCAAUCUAUACACGCUUUGCAGUUAGAAACUAAUACUUAUUGAGGCAAAUUUAUGAGUGAUUUUGAACAAAUAAAAAAAGAUAUUGCAGAAAAUGAUGUGGUGCUUUACAUGAAAGGUACUUAUGACUUUCCUCAGUGCGGGUUUUCUGGAGUUGUAGUAUCAAUUCUCAAAAAGCUAAAUGUAAAAUUUAAGGAUAUUAAUGUACUAGAAAAUAAUGAAAUACGUGAAUCCAUAAAAAAAUUCUCUGAUUGGCCAACAAUUCCGCAAUUAUAUAUUAAGAAAAACUUUAUUGGUGGUUGUGACAUCAUUAAAGAAAUGUACGAAAAAGGUGAGCUUCAAGCUUUAUUGAAGGAACAGGGGAUUAUUAACUCGUAAAUACAGAUAUAUAUCUUAUAUUAAGCUUAAAGUAAGGCCCCUACACUGCCAAGUUUUUUAUUUAUAGUAUAAAGAUAAUAGUCCGAACGCGUUAUACGAAAGUAGAA